GCAGCAGUAAACGGAGAAGAAAAGAGGAGCUUCUAGGGAAGCCAUUCAGGAGGCCGCAGCAUGAACUGGAUCCCAAUGGUCUGGUCCCUUUACCAGUGAAAGUCUGCUUUUCAUGCAACAGGAGUUGUAGGAUAGCUCCACUGAUCCAGUGUGACUACUGUCCUCUUCUGUUCCACAUGGACUGUCUGGAUCCUCCACUUACAGCUUUACCUGCUGGGAAAUGGAUGUGUCCAAACCAUGUUGAGCACUUAGCGCUGAAUCAGAGGAACCUGAGUCUCUCCAGUCGCUGUCAGCUCUUUGACCAUUUCCAGGACAGGAUGUCGCAGCACGCCGUCAAGUUGGACUUCUUGCGUAGAGUCCAUCGACAGAACGCUCCCAACCGGCGCACAACCCACCAGCACAACAAGAAGACCUUCAAGGUAUUGUAAACAGGGCUAAACAUAUGGAGAAAUAUCUAAUUGCGAUUUUUUUUGACUGAUAAUUCAAUUAUUAAUCACAACUUUGCGCCAAAUUAUA